AUGAGCUGCCCCUAUUGCUUGGCCUAUGCACCUGGUCCGCCGGCGCGCGGCGCGACGCAGCGAGAGCAGAGCCGAACUUUGGUGAAGGCGUACUGGGAGUUUGAGGAAGGCCAGAGCCGCUGGCUGGGCUUCUCUCCCAAAGUCAGCAUGCUUCUGGAAACGGCCUACCAGAAUUGGCUCCAAAAUCCGAGCGAGCUGCGGACACAGAUCCCUGCCAACGGUUUCUUGUACAAUGUCGACUAUUCUACUCUCCUUGAGGAGGGUCAGCGCCAAAGUCAGCGCAUUCGCCGCGUUGGUGUCACAGCCGACACCAAUGGCGAAAAGGAUAAGGCCUUUUGCACCGUUGAUCCCGGACUCUGGCGGGAGAUGCAAAGCAAGCUUCAGAGCGCGCGAGAGGAGCAGGACUGGCUGCUCCGCUUGCUGCAGAGCGACUCGGAGGGCGGGAGUCGCAGCGUUGCGACACUUGCAGAGGAGGUGCAGCGCCUGUGGCAGCGCUGCGGGCGCCAGGCGGCGGAGCUGGAGACCCUGCGCCGGCUCGCCGAGCAGCAGACAGAGCUGCUGCAGCGCCUGCAUGCUGCGGUGCUGCCCGGCCGGCUGCUUUGGGCUGCGGGGCGGCUAAAUGUUGCUGCUGCUGUCGAGCAGGAAGUUCUUCUGCAAGGUGAGGAGGAGCUGCUGGCAGUGCCCAGGGAGGAGGUGAAGUUAGCACAUUUGGGCAUGCUGGCGCGGCCGGGCUCCAAAGUGCUCUUUCCGGACGCAGGAAGCCUUCGAGAAGGCGUGGUGUGUGGUGUUUCCUUGGCUGGGCACGAUGGUUCGCAGGCGAACGGUGAGCGUUGUGUGGACGUGCUUCGGCCCAACGGCCGAUCCGCUUCCGUGCCACUGGCUUUGCUGCAGCCCCGCGAGAGCAGUCCAGGCAAGCUGAGUGUGGGCGACCUGGUGCGUUCGUGUUCGGAUGAUGCAUUCGUCGGCACGGAUGACAGGCCUGCGCUGGGGACCCUGGGCACGGUGCUGCAGGUGGAGGACUCUUGCGAGAGCAACGGCAUCCUUGUGCGCUUUCCAGAUGCGGACGGCUGCCGGGACCAGGCUUACACGCCGCAUCAGGCACAGGAGGAGCUGCAGUUGGACAAGGACCUCGACCGGAUUCGCCCGGGCGCAGCUGUCCGGCUGAAGUCAUGCCUGGGAGCGCACACGGAGACAGGUGUGGUCUUCGCGCUUCACGGUGAUGCCACGGCUGUGGUGGACUUCCUGGGCCACUGGGGACAGCUCUGCCCAGCGGCCAGCUUGGAGCUGGUGGAGGAGCCUCCUGCUCUAGAGGUGGAGAUCAUCAAGACGUUGAGCGAAUGUUGCGGCCUGAGAUGCCGCAUGCUCCCCGACGUUCUCAGCGGAGAGAUGUUUGCCUCGAAGUCCUGGCCUGAUUGCGAGCCGACCAUUGCCAUGAAUGUGGAAGUUGGAAGUUGA